CUUUCCUUCUGCCCUUUCUUCGUUGUGUUUGGUGAGGAGACAUUGUUUGUUUUACGUCCGGCCCGUAUUCAAAAUACGAUGUCUUUACUAAUAAUUUACGGGCUGUAGUAGCAUCGCAAGUGCUCCAAAACGGUCCUUUACAAUUGCUCGAGGUCAAGAGAAUCUUAUUUUGCCUGGACAUUCCUUCAAAAGGAUUUUUGGUAUAAAGAUGUGGCGAAAUCAACGAUUGACCAACAGGACAAACAAACCCCCGAUUAUAUGCCGUGUUUCCGUCUCGAUCUUAACCUUCGUUGUUAUAUCAGUUAUUUACUACAAGAUAAGCCUUCAUAACUUCGCUUGGUAUAGCAGAAACACAAAUGAACCGUGUAUGACUCCGAAGAAAAAUAUGGACGAUUUGCUGGCACUAACGAGAGAUACAAGCACCGUGUUGAACAAGUUGGGCAUUCAUCAUUUUCUUGCCUAUGGAAGCCUUUGGGGAGGACUGCGAUAUAAUGCUCCACUACCAUGGGAUAAUGACUUUGAUUUUGGUGUUUUAUACAAUGAAAUCAUUCAACACUCUGACGAGGAAAUCAUCAAUGAAUUCAAAGCAUAURGAAUCAAAUGUUACUACUCCAAUCGGUUUGGAUUUUAUCGUGUAACCAGAGAUACAGCUAGGGGAGAUAUCAUGGUCUACAGAGACUUUUACAAUAGUGGAUGGAUGCACCGCACAGGAUGGGAGGCGUACCUCUUCUUCGUUAAUUACAGACACUUCCAUAUGUUUCCAGCUCGACUGGUUAACUUACCAAUGCCUGAGAUUAAGUUUGGUUAUAGUAAUAUCUCUAUACCCCACGGGAAGAUAGAACUACAGAAGUACCACUACCCGAAUGACUGGUGGCUUGUGGGUAAACCAAGAGGCUGCUAGUUCUUCUGUACAUUAGAGUAACUUUUGUAUGAGUGGGAAGCGAUAUCGCAAAUUUCAUAAUUAUAAUCUAGCUGUACUACAUCUUACCACGUCUGUAACUACAUAUUGUGUUCAAAUGCAGGGCUUACAAUAAUAGCUGGUCAUUGGACAAGGUACUGGUUCAAUCUUUGCCUAGUGCCAUUUUGAUCAAAAAUGUUGAGCCAGUAUAACCAAGCUUAAAAUUAUUUGGCCAGUAAAUCUUAACUGGCAACUGACUGGCUGAUAUUUAAGCCCUGGUAUGAUUUGCAAUGGAAAUAAUUUCAAUGUUCAGGCAUUUUGUGCCAUGUCCCCGCUGAGAGUCAGUACCAUAUGUUUCCCACUCAUGAAAUGCACUUCUAAAGAUUAUACUUUAUUAAUUAGGUUGUUAGAACAAAAUGACUUAAUGACAGAGAUUGCAAAAAGAGUUAUUAGUUACACUGGGCUGUCACAAUUGGAACUUAUUUGGUCAAAUCUUUGCCUUGCCUGUGGGUCAUUUGGACCAGUAACAUUGAGCUAGAAAUGAGUUAUAUAUUUGACAAAUAGAAUAUGUGAAUUCAUGAUUAUAGAAUAUUUGAUUUAUACUGGUAGUAAUUUAUACCAAAAAUUUAUCUGAUCUGUUAAGCUUAAAAGCCUUAAGAUCAGUGAUUAUGUAAAUACACACAGAAAGAUUUUAUACACAUAGAUCUAGUAUUAAAUGGAAAACACUUGUUCACAAACAUGAUUAUUUUUACCUGGCACUUGGCACUGUCUACACGGUGUCUCAUGUUUAAACUAGUGGUGAAAAUUUCCAAAUAAAAAGAUGUCUUGAA